GGGAGAACACAGGCUUCGGUGUAAAGAGCAUGAGCAUCUUAACAAGGCAGGUCUGCUGGGAGUCCCGUUCCUAAUCUGAGAGGAAGCUUUGUCCACUCAUCAUCAGCCUGACUCGCAAAGAAAUGUCCGACUUUGAGGAUUUCAGCAGGCCAGCUGGGCCGGCCAAUGUCUCCGACAGCUACCAGCUGAACCCCACCAGUGUGAUUGUGUCGGUGGUCUUCUCCCUCAUCUUCCUCCUGGGCACCAUCGGCAACAGCCUGGUGCUCGCCGUGCUUCUGCGGAGCGGGCAGGUGGGAUACAACACAACCAAUCUGUUCAUACUCAACCUGAGCGUGGCCGACUUCUUCUUCAUCAUCUUCUGCGUUCCUUUCCAAGCCACCAUCUACUCUCUGGAGGGCUGGGUGUUCGGCUCCUUCAUGUGCAAAGUGGUGCACUUCUUCAUCAACCUCACCAUGUACGCCAGCAGCUUCACCCUCGCUGCCGUGUCUGUUGACAGGUAUCUGGCAAUCCGUUACCCGCUGCGCUCCAGAGAGCUACGGACCCCGUGUAACGCAGUAGUUGCCAUGGUGAUCAUCUGGGGUCUGUCUCUGGUCUUCGCGGGUCCUUAUCUCAGCUACUACGACCUCAUCGAUUACGCCAACAGCACUGUGUGCAUCCCCGGCUGGGAGGAGCAGAACAGGAAGGUGCUGGACACGUGCACCUUCCUCGUCGGCUACGUCAUCCCCGUGCUCAUCGUGAGCCUCUCGUACACUCGAACCAUCAAGUACCUGUGGACGGCCGUCGACCCUCUGGACGGCAUGUCCGAAUCCAAGAGGGCCAAACGCAAAGUCACCAAAAUGAUCAUCAUCGUCACCGUGCUUUUCUGCAUCUGCUGGCUGCCGUACCACGUGGUGAUCUUGUGCUACCUGUACGGAGACUUCCCUUUCAAUCAGACCACGUAUGCCUUCAGGAUUCUCUCUCACUGCAUGGCCUACGCCAACUCUUGCGUCAACCCCAUCGUGUACGCUCUGGUGUCCAAGCACUUUCGCAAAGGCUUCAAGAAAGUGUUCAGCUGCAUCCUGAGUAAAAAAGGCAGGAAUAAGGUCCACGUGGUGCACGUAGCCAACACCGUGCCCGGGUUUGAAGCUGGCUCCACGGAGGUGUCGCAGAUGAACGAGGAGAACAUACGACAGAACGAAUGUGAAAUGAGUAACAGGACGAUCCCAGAGCCAAGAGAAGCUACAGUGACACUGAAUUUGCCCUUUCAGCGGCAGACUUGACAAGUGACUCAGCGUCGCUGAAGGGCUCGGCACAGAUUGCCUUAUGUGAAAGACAUUGCGGCUGAUAUUUUAAAGAAAUGUGUUGGAUUCUCAUGGUGUCAAUCACAGUUCUGGUGGCAAAACAGGAGAGGAGAUAAAGGAAAACGUGUUAAGAGUAUUAAAGGGGACAUAUCAUGAAAAACAUACUUUUUCAGAGCUUGUGCACAAACAUUUGGGCAUCUGGAGUGACUGACAACCCAGUCAGUGUUUGUGGGCUAUUCAGAUGGGGCUCCUCUUCCUACGUCACCUGCAGGCUCAUUACAAUAUACCGCCCCCACUCUGAGAUCAUCCAAGCAGACUGGGCUUGAUCAGGAGGGGGUCUUAAAGAGACAGGCGCCUAAACAGAGCGUUUCAGCCGCAGGGUGAAUACAGGUGUCUUCAGACAGCAUGUAAACAUGUUCUAGUAGAAACCCGCAGUACAACUUCAAAAGGAGCAUGAUGUGUCUCCUUGAAGGUGUUUACAGUGAGUCCACUACCAAAAAUGUGUUUGUUGCAUUCCUUUUGCAUUCUCAGUAUUUCCUAAUGCCUUAACCACGGCCUGCACUUUGGUGUUUUGGUGUUUUGGUGGGGGGGGGUUUCAGUAUGAGAAUCAUAUUCCAGCACUUUUAAAGAGCCGUACAGAAUGUGUACAGUUACAGUUAUGUUUCAUCUUUUCAAAUGGUCCCAAAGAUAUUCAAAAGUUGGCGACUGGGGAGGAGAAUUCAUGUAAGCCAGCAGCAUUCGCUCUGAGCUUGACUUCAAACAGGGUUCGAUGCAGCUUCAGGGUCACUGACGACGUUUACGUGCACCUUCUUUUGCCCUUAUUCCGAAAAAGACAAUAUUCUUACUUUGACGGUGGAUGUGAUAUUCGUGCAUAUCCAAAAACAGGAUGAUAUUUAAGUCUUUCAUAAUGUUUAAAAGUAGAUUGUGACCAGAUUGUGGGCGUGUGUUCAUGCAUCUCUGCGUACAACGCACAGAGCUGGACACAAACAGGCCGUGUGUCGCAAACUGCAGUAAAAACCCCCAAUUGAGAACACGCUUCAUACACGCUCGACUGCAACCGAAAUCUUCAGAAGUCAGAUUUUGACUCUCGCGCUCGUCUAUUAUUAAGAUCGUAGUUUCUCUAAGUCAUUUGCUAUGUUUCCGUUGACUCUUGCAUGCAGAUGCUGUUCUGUCUUGUCAAGAUAUUAUUGUUAUAUAUUUGAAUUUUAUGUGUUAUAACGUUCAAAAAGACUUUCAUAGACUUGUGCGCAAACAUAUUCAGUUACAAUCUCAUACGAGCGUUUAAGAAUCCGAAACAUCUGAUUUGAAUGUAUUCUGGUUUGAAGAAGAAGAAGAUCAAAAAUCAGGUGUUGAAUAUAUUUAGUAAAAAGUUUAUUAGUAUUUCAUAAACAAGGAGGAAAACUUGUAUUUUACAAUGAUUGUAUUCAUGGCAUGUUUCUCUUGUGUAAGAUAUGUUUCAAUGAAUGUUUCUCAACGAGUGCACUUAAGCAUCUAAGAGUUGUGUAUUUAAAACGUGUAUGUUAGUGUAUUUAAAAGCUGUGAAAUGAUUAUCAUAUACAUGGUUUGUUUUCUUAUCUCUCCCUCCGUGUGUUUCUCUGUGUUGUGUCUGACCUCAGAGCAGUACAAAUAAAAAAACCCUCUUCUAGCUGUGUUCUGCUCAGAUUGUGUAAGAUGCAAUUUUCUUCUUCAGACUCAUUUCCAGAGAGAACAUCCGCCUUUGCACUGACAAAUUGCCCAGUUUGUUUCCUGUGAUUUUGCCUGUUGCAUCACACGGUAUAUAUUAUUUCUCUCUAUUUGUUCAUAACGUAGACUUUUCCAACGUGACAGCCUGUAGAUUUUAUUAAUAAAUAUAUAUUUAUCAAAAUGUGUCAUGUAAUAAAUGCUUGAAAGAGAAAAUAAAAAUA